ACGGUUUCUGUUUGUGGGGUCGGCUCUGGUUACUGGGAUGUGCCCAGGCCGGUGUACAGGUCACUGAGUGGCCGCUGCAGGCAGGACUCCUGGAAGGAGGGGAUGCCCCAGGGACUGCGCAGUACGCUGAACUCCAGCCCCUUCCUUUCUCGAUCCUCUUAGCUCUGUCAAAAGAGAAUUAUUGGAUACUAGUUCAAUUUGAUGUGGAGAGGACUCCUGAGGGUUAACAUGUAAGGUGAGGAGAGGAAUACUGAGUGGGACAUAAUUCAGUAGGUGACAAGUCCGCUUUAGAGAACAGGAAGAAUGCUUAUACCUGAUGAAGAAGGUGUCUCCCUUGUGUAACACUAUUCCUGGAAAGAUGUGAACAAAAGCCUACUCACCGCUAGUCGUCCAUCUAUGGCAGACCAAACUAUGGAGGACAGUGACGACAGCAAUGAAAAGCUCAGAGAAGAAAUAGAAGCUGAAUUGGAUAAGAUCAGCAUCUCUUCCUUGGAAAAUGAUGAGGUUGAAAAUGAUUCAGAAUCAGAAAUUCAGAGUGACAGUAGUGACACUGAUGUACUUGAAUUGCCAGAGUCAGUUCUUCAUUAUAUCAACGUCAUACAGAACAAGAGUAAAGCUGUGGAAGAGCUCAUUCUUCAGGACGUAGACGACACUGACAUCUUCACUGAUUAUAAGAAAGGUUGCAGUCAUGGCACAGUGUCUGACAGUCACAUGCGUUUGAGGACUGGAUCAUUACCUGAAUCUAAAGCAAAUUCUGAGCAAUUAAUGAAGAUAUUGUCUGUAAUAGAAAAGGAAGAAUUUAUGAGAAGUCUAGCUCCUUCUGCCAGGUGUGUUUCCAUUCCUGAGCCUAUUACUCUUGAUACACCCAUGGAUGAAUAUAUUUUACCAGACGAGGCUGACUUGAGUUUUGGAUACUUUGAAGUAGAAGAAAGAUGUAGAAAAUCUUUGGAAGCUUGGCAGGACAAACAAGAAGAGCUAGAAGAAAAAGAUAAAGAAACUCUGGAAGCUCAGAGUGAUAGAGAAAAACAGAAUUUUCAAGAGGAAGAUGAGAAGAGACAGUGCUGGAUAAGACAGUUUGAAGUAGAAAAGAAAAAAUUAGAGGAUCUUCAGAAGCAAGACCAAGACAAAAUGAAUGAUGAACUCCAUAAAGAAGAGAAAAUAUGGAAAGAAAAAUACAGACAGCAUGAGGAACUUAUCAGAAACUUGCAUUUACAAAUGGAGGAGGAGAGAACAAGAUUAAGUGAGCUACAAGAAAAAGAAAAAGCACGUUUAUUCAAACUGCAGCAUGAUGCAGCUGUAAAAAUUCAAGCCAACUACAGAGCAUCAGUAACUUACCGAAAAUAUAGCCCAAUCAUAAGAGAGCAAAUCGAAAAGAAGAAGCGGAAAGCACAGGAGUUGAAAGAGAGGGAGGCAAAGAUACGACAAAAGGAGGAAGAAAGGAGGAAGAGAAUUGAAGAGGAGCAGAAGGUAGAGGAGGAGAGGAAGAAGAAGAUGCUGGAGGAGAGGAGGAGACGUGAGAGGGAAUACGAAGAGAAAAAGAGCAUCCUGAGACAAGAGAGAGAAGAGCAACAAAGCAAGGAAAUGAUAAGACUGAGGGAACAUGCCCACUCACCACUGAUCAUUACCUGUGCAUUAAAGAAAGGAGAUGGUCAUGGCAAGCAGCAAGCUGUUGCACAUAUGCCAAAGAGUAAGGGUACUAUAGCCAAAGAGUCAGUGGACAGCAACUCAAAGAAGCAAAAAGAUGCUUGCCUAGCUGAGCAAUUAAACAAGAGAGAAAAUACACAUAAGCAGCUUGCAUUGAAGGAAUCGACAGGAAUAAAAUUAAAACCAAGAGAGGCAAUUAUGGUAGAAUUAAAAAUGAACGAGAAAAAUGAAAGUUUACCAAAAUUAAAAAUGAAUGAAAACUUAUCAAAAAACCAAUGUUUAGAACAAUCUUUUGACCAAGAAAUUAACACUGAAAAUAUAGAUGGAGAAAAUGAAUUGGAAAACUCCGACCUAAAGGAAAGUGUGAAUGAACAGUGCCCAGAGCAAGAACUUAAGUCUGAAACUCAAACAGAGGAACCCGUGGAGCAUGCCACGAAGGAGAAUAUGGGACAAGAAACCCCAAAACUAUUUGGAUUCAAUCAAGAAGUGAAUGAACAGGACAGUAAUGGAGCACAGGGAAUCAUCGAGGAGAAUCAUGAGAGAUUAACUGAAGAGAUAGAAAUCAAAGAGAUGACAGAGCAAGAUGGGCCAUUGUAUGAGGAGAAUAAUAGUUUACCUAUUUCCAUGCAGAAAAGCCUAUCACCAGUGAUACCCGACAAUCCUGAGCCUGUAGAAAGAAGUGUAACACUAGCAGAAGGCCAAGAGACUGAUUUAAAAUCAGAAAGAGUUGAGGAAAUCCCACAAGAAAGUGUGCUGAUUUGUGAUGUUGCGGGCAUUAACACAGAUGCCUCUGUGCAUACAGAAGGCAAGGCAGACCUGCAGGAUUCUGUCUCAGACAAACUUGCUCCCAGUGAAGAAGCUGGUAGUCACAGUGCUAAUAACCUCUUAGUCACUGAAGAAGGGGAAGACUCUCUGACAUCUGAGAUUAAAGAAACUCUGGAUCAAGAGAAACAAACAAAGACUGAAGGUGAUGGUGUCCUGGCUUGCUCUGUUUCACAGAUAACAGUUUUAUCUUUAGUUGAGGAAAGGAGAUUAGCCUGGAUAAAAACAUUUAAGCCUUGGACUGAAAUCUUUGAGCAAAAUCAACAUAAGAAAAUAAUUAAAAAAAGAAGACUUGUGAAGUGCCUACCAAAUGCAAUGCCUCCUUUAGAUCCAUCAGCCAUUCUCCAGCAUGGCCCUUGGAAAACUUUACAGCAGGUAAAAGUCAUUACAUUUCAGGAUUUGCCUGGCUGUAGUCUUUCUACACUGGCAGAGUGCUCAAAUCUUCAGCUCCUAUCUCUCCGACGCUGUGGAUUAACUUCCUUGCAGGGCCUGAGCCAUUGCACAAACCUUAAGUACAUUGAUGCACAGGAAAACCACAUUGAGACUAUCAGUUGUGAAAAUUUGGAAAAUCUCUCUGUUGUUCUUCUUAAUAAAAAUCUGCUGACUUCUAUUCAUGGUUUCGAUGGAUGCACUAAUCUCCAAAGCCUGGAACUUUCAUAUAAUAAAAUCACUCGAAUCAGUGGUUUAGAGUCUUUGAAAUAUCUUCAACAACUCACCGUGGACCAUAAUCAGUUAAUCAGCACUAAAGGUCUUUGUGAAGUACCCACCAUAAUCUACCUGAAUUGCUCACAUAACCAUCUUACUGAAGUUGAUGGCAUUGGAAAUUGUGGAUUGCUCCAAAUAGUAAAGUUGCAGGGAAAUUAUCUAACAGAGCCUCCAUCCUUAAGAAAUCACGUUCUGCUCAGAGAACUGCAUUUGGAUGACAACAGUAUCUCAAAUGUGGAAGGACUUUCUUCUUGUUGGUUGCCUUUACUACAAUAUCUAAGCAUCUCACAAAACAGUUUAGCAACAAUUGUACCACUUUUUCAUUUUGUGUCUUUGGAAAAGCUAGAUGUCAGCAACAAUUGUCUUUCUGAUCUGACAAAUGUCAUGAGUUGGUUCAAUGCAUGCUACUCUCUCCGUGACCUUUGUCUCACUGGAAAUCCAGUACUCCAGGAAAUAAACUGGAGACAUUCUAUCCUUAAAACAUUACCUGCUCUGAGAGUUCUCAAUGGUGACAUGCUGAACUCUUACACCAAUGUCCUUACUGAAGAAUACUAUCAUCAAGACCUAAGAUGUUUCUUGGCACUUUGUCAGUACCAGCUUCAAGAGUUCAACUUAUUACCUGAAAAGUAUAUCACAUUGAAGAGGGACAUUCUCACUCUUCAUGCUGCAGACAGACUCUCACAGUACUAUACAGACUUAAUGAAACUCAGUAAUGAAUGCAGACAUGCACAUGAACAAGGGGAUGUAAAUACCAUCACGAGGUCUGCAUCAGAAACGGAACAAAACCAUCUAGACUUUUCAAACAAUGACAGCACACUGCAAAACAAGGCCUUUCCUGCUUGGAGUAACAGUUGUGAGGCAGAUUCACCAGCUAUUUCUGUAAGCCUGUUGGACACUGCCUCCAGACCUUCUGCAUCAAACUGUGAAGAACGGAAAGGAAGAAAUCAGGAAAAGCUUAUGACACAGAAGAGUGAACACAGCAGGAUCAGUAGUCUCUCCACCAGCAGAGCCUCAUUCAUAGAAAGGAAUAUGGCAGAUUCUCCAAUGAGUAUUCAUCACAGUGCCGAACAAUGUGAACCAAUCAAGGCAGCUAAGGUAAUCCAAGCACAAUGGCGUAGUUACAUUGCAGGAAAACAGAUUAAUGGCUCUUCAAAAAUGCAUCCGACCACAACAGAACCCCUGCGUGAUCCCUUCGUCAAUAAUCAGACUACUUCCAAUGAAGAAAGAAGAAAAACUAAUAUAAAUAUCCAAGAACAGAGGGAGAAAGCUGCUCUUCAUAUUCAGGCAAUUUGGAAGGGCUUUAUUUUACGAAAGAAACUGGUGACCGCCCUAGAGGCUAUCAAGGACGAAGAAUCUGGAGAAGAAUAUGAAGAAAUAGAUUUAGAGGAUUUUGAAUUUGAUGAGGAUGCCUUGGAGAAAGACUGGCCAGCUUUAGAUUCCACCGGCUUGCCUUCACAAACACUGCCUCUCUCCAACCAGCGGCCCUGGCCAAAGAACCCUCGGACUUUGGGACAUGAUGAAACUUCACCUACUGUACCCGCUUGUCCAUCUCAAGCCUGGCUAUGCCCUGAGAAAGAAAAUGUGUCGUCAUCAGAGCACACACAGUUAAGCAGCAGCAGAUCAGAAAGUGGAACUUUAUCUUGGACACCCGAAUCAAAAACAAGUAGGAAGAGUUUACUGCAAUCUGAAAAAGAAGAAAAAAUUUCAGAAGAAUGGGGCUUUAAGGAUAUCUCUACAGCUCAGCAAAUGCUAAAGAGAGCAAAGAAAAUGAAAUCAAAGAAAUUAAGGAAAAAAUUAGAACCUUCUGUGCGACUAGCAUUAUUAAAAAAAAACAAAGGUAAAGUCUCCGUUACAAAGUCAUUAAAGAAGACACAGCCCGGAAGACAAGAUUACUUUGAAGUGGUGCACAUAUCUUCCCAAGAUGAUGAGGAGGAGCCAGUCUCCAAGGCAACCACUGCAAAGGAAAAGUUAGAACGGAGUAAGGAGUACACCUACCAGUGGCUUCAUACACAGGCUGGCUUUCCUGAAGUGACUGAUUCCAGAAACCUGAAAUGCAAUCACUUCUUGCCUGAGUUAGAUCCAGAUGUACUUAAAGGUGGAAGAGUUCAGCUUGUGGCAAGACUUGUAAGCAGAGAAGACACGGAUUUAGACCUUUUUUCCACUACCAGUGCAAGUGCUUUGUCUGUGAACAAAGAAAAACAAAGCCAGACACACAGAUACUCAGCGGGAUCCUCAAGUUGCUCAAGCAAGGGAAUAAUUGCACCAACGAUAACACAUUCAAGACCUUCUAUUAAAGAGCGCAUAUCAUUCCGUGACAAUCCUGUUCGACUCAGUGGUGGCUGGGGAAGUGGCAAAAAGAAGGCAAAAUUCUCCACCUAAUACUUCCAGCUCCAGCACUCCAAACAAACAGCACAUGAUUUAGUUAACUCUAUGGAUAUCUGGCCCUGUUAUCAGUUGGAAACAAGGUUUUGGAAUAUUGCACUUAUUGUUUCAUUAUGAUAAUUUAUAAUGUUGUCUUCCACAGGCAGUCACUUUCUCAUUUAUUGCUAGAGUUUACAGUUCCUCUUGCAUUCUUGUGGAAUGGCCUAAUCCUAAAAUAAUUUUAAAGCCACCUCAGGGAAAUUUGUACUUAGACUUUCUCCUUUGGUUUAUAUUUUAUGACACAUAUAUUCAAAAUUAUUCUUUUAGCCAUUUUAAUAUAAUAUGUAAAUGGAUGUAACCAUAUUGAUAUUGCUUAGAGAAAUACUAGUGAAUAAUUACUGCAUUAAUAAGUUUGAAUCUACCAAAAUUCUUAGCAUCUUAGAAUUUAUUAUGGUCAAAAGAUAUACGUACCAUUUAAGUUAAAAUGUAAUAUGCAUGUAAACAUUUAUCAACCUAAUAAUUUGAAAGUAUAUCUGCAAUAUUUUACUCAAGUGUGUUUUGUCCUUGUUUAUAAGAGAUAGAUGUGAAUUCUGAUUCUUUAAAAGUAUUCAGCUCACACAUGCUCAGUCACUUUAGGUUUUGUUAAAGCACCUUUAAAUUACCAUUUGAAAUUUGUUUUCAAAGCUGAAUAUUAAUAUAAUAUGGCAAAUAUUAGUAUAUUUUCAUUAAUUUCAGACAAGUUGUAGUAAGGUCUUACUAGUAUGAGGGUAAUUCUCCCCCUGUUAUCUCAGCAAAUGCAGUAUGCAGUAUGCAAAAUGUUGCACUGGUCUCUGGGUUUAGAGGCUGUGUUACUCUGCAUCUGGAAUGCCUUUCAGGAAGCUAAACCAGGGCGCUCCAGUGACUCUUCCUAGUUUCUCUGUGUAAUAGGAUCCACUGAACUUCAGGUUUCUCUUUUGUUUCUCCUGCUCUCCAGUGAAAUUCUUUACCCAGAGAUGACGAAACAGAUUGCAAGAUGCAUUUGUUUACUUUUUUAAAAAAUUCAAUCCCCCAUGUACUUUUUGGACUCCUGUUGCAUUUCAAACCUGUAAAUCUCUUUUAACCUGAUUGAGAUAGAAAUGUUAAUGAGCCUUGAGCUGUCAAUCUAUAAAGAAAACAUUGAUUCAUAUGUUUCAACCCAGAAACUGAGCUCUACAUCUAUUUGUUUUUUGAACAGCUAGGUCACUCCUUUGCUAACAUCCACAAAUCAGCAUAAAGUAAUGAUGGAAAAUAUUUUAUCUCAGCUUGUUUUCAACUCUGAAGGAGAAAACCACAUUAAAACUGACAUUGAUAGGGUUUUAUGGUUCAUAAACCUACCCAAUGAAGUGGAAAGGCUAGUAUGAGAAAUGAGAUGUUUAUUAUUAGACUGUUUUCAUAUGUAAAUAAACUGUAGUUUUUUCUGUAACUUUUGUGAUUUUUUUCAUAAUAAUAAUUGUGAAGAUCAAUGGUAUUGAUGUUCUUAAAUUUGUAGGUGAUUAUUAAUAAGUGUCAAUAAAAUUGUGUCUGAAUUAUGGUGUUUAAAUCAGAAGUUCUUUUUAAUGUGGUUUAUUGUACCUACCCUAAAAGUAAUCAUCCAAAGAACCCUGUAAUCUCAAACUUGCCAUUUUGUCAUACUCGUAGUAUAUUUGUGUUCAUGAACAUGAUAGUUUUAAAAUUUAAUAAAACAUUAAGUGUUUGGACAAAGAA